AGUCAAAAACAAGUUUAAGUUUUAGGUAGAGGUGAGUCAGGGUCUUAAACACUGGAGAGAGGGACAACCCCACCUACAGCACCCGACAGCCAUCCGACCAAACUCACCAAAGGAACAAGUGAAUACCUUCGAUUGUCUGCCAUCAUGUCUUCAACAAUAAACCUGGGACCCUCAGCCAAUCCCAAUGCCAAACCCACCGAUUUCGAUUUCCUUAAAGUAAUUGGAAAAGGAAGUUUUGGAAAGGUGCUUCUGGCCAAGCGUAAAAGUGACAAUCGUUUCUAUGCUGUAAAGGUUCUUCAGAAGAAGACUAUCUUGAAGAAGAAAGAGCAAUCCCACAUUAUGGCUGAAAGGAAUGUCCUCCUCAAGAACCUGAAGCAUCCUUUCCUUGUGGGCCUACACUACUCUUUCCAGACCACUGAGAAGCUCUACUUUGUUCUAGACUAUGUAAAUGGUGGAGAGCUCUUCUUCCACUUACAAAGAGAACGCUCAUUUUUGGAGCCUCGAGCUCGUUUCUACUCUGCUGAAGUCGCCAGCGCGAUCGGUUAUCUGCACUCCCAAAAUAUAAUCUACAGAGAUUUAAAACCGGAAAAUAUCCUACUGGAUAGCCAGGGCCAUGUGGUACUGACUGAUUUUGGACUUUGUAAAGAAGGGAUGGAACCAGAGGAGACCACCUGCACCUUCUGUGGCACCCCUGAGUAUCUCGCCCCUGAGGUCCUGAAGAAGCAGCCGUAUGACCGCACUGUGGACUGGUGGUGCCUGGGAGCUGUCCUGUAUGAGAUGCUGUAUGGACUGCCUCCAUUUUACAGCCGGGAUGUUUCCCAGAUGUAUGACAACAUUCUAAACCAGCCCCUACAACUACCAGGAGGAAAGACCACCGCAACCUGUGACAUCCUCCGUGGACUGCUCCACAAGGACCAACACAGCCGUCUAGGAGCCAAGGCUGACUUUCUUGAAAUCAAGAAUCACGUCUUCUUCAGUCCGAUUAACUGGGACGACCUGUAUAAUAAGAGGAUCCCUCCACCAUACAACCCCAAUGUGGCUGGCCCAGCAGACCUGCGUCACUUUGACCCUGAGUUCACACAAGAAGCUGUCCCAAAUUCAUUGAGCCGCACUCCUGACAUGAAUCUUGGCAGUUCCGGCUGUUCUGGUGCAUUCUUUGGGUUCUCCUAUGCACAAAGCGACGAUGAUAUAUUGAGCUGAGUGCCUUACAGGCCCCUUGAGCUUUUUGGUGUAAGAAUGCAUAAACAGGGCAGCUUGGGGACACCUCUCACUCUCCAUCUUCAGACUGGAGAGCUCUAGCCCUCAUUUAUUAUUUAGGGCUAUGUUUUGGUGUCACCUAUAAUUCUUUAACACCUGGAUUUAUCAUCACAUGAAGACGAAUGAACGGCAUUGGGGUGGAGACGUUCGGGAUGCCGAUAUUUUGAAAAUAUCUUUGAAAAUACACAACAGGACAGGCUCAGCCACAGAAUGUAUCCAUCCAGCUAUAUAGUAUUUAGUUAUGUGUUCGGGACUGUAUCAUGAAAUUUUAAUAUAUUGCAAACAGCGCAGAGAGAGUGCUUUCAUUUAUCCUCCAGGACCCUCUUACCUAGUUCCCUUGCUAAUUAGUUUUGUUAUUUGUUGUUACUUUCUCCCUUCGUAAUGAGAGAGGCAGCCAUAAAGAGGUCCAAUUGACCUUCUACAAGCACUAAACUGUCUCUUUUACAUUGCUGUGUUGACCCCCUCAUCACUUUUAUUAUAGACAGUUAAAAAUACUUCCUUUGGUGUCGAGUUAGGUAAAUUAAUCUUGCAGAUUGCUAACUUUGAUUUACUGUUUGCAGCAUUUUAUAAACUUCUCCAGUUAAAAAAAAAAAAUGUGGUCACUCUCGCCAACCUGUAUUACUCCAGCAAGUGAACUACAACUCCCAAGAGCCUCUGCAACAAUUUUAAAGUCCCUCUUCUUCUGUUCGUGUGUAAUUGCUUUUGCUUUAUGAUCUCCUAUCUCAUUUUAUUCCCCAUCCAGAUUUUGCAAUAACAAACUAAUCACUUGGACAAAAGCAGUUAGGAUUUGAGUGUCCUAGACUCUAGAGUUACUGUUAAAAUAGAAGCAAUAUUAUGUGUAAACAGUGAUCUGGAACUGUGUGAAGCCACAACACUAAGUUUUGCAUUCCAUAACAAAGUGUGUUAUAGCAUGUGAUGACCCACACAAGUAAAAGAUCAUUUAUUUUAUUGCCCUUAUUGAAAUAAGUCUUUGAUGCUAAUCUGGCAAGUGUACUACAUUCCCAAGAUGCGCAAAGAAACUACUGAAAAUAGACAAAAAUUAAAUUACUCUUAUUUUCUUUUGUGGUAAGGGGGGCUUGAAAAUUCGUGUUUUUUUUUAUGAUGUUUGUAGAUGCCAGAAUAUUUAGAUAUUUUGAUGCAGCCUAUUGUGAUACAAAGUGAAUUUAAUGAAUGAGAAAACUGAGGGGUCUCUUUCCUAUAAUACUUAGGAAAUUCUGCAUUAACUGCUAUACAUCACAGCUUGGGAAUGCAGUAAAUCUUCAAGAUUGACAUAUUUGUUUUUCUGUUUGGACAUUAAAAUAAGUUUGUAUUUGCUGUUCCUUUUAGAUCUAAACAGUUGUGCUCCUUAUACUGUCUCAAUAUACUGUAAUCCCUAUUUUCUAUGAUUUGUUCCCUCAUAUUAAUCCCUCAUUAUCACCUGACUGAUAUUAUUUAUUCUUGGGCACAGCAAUAUAUGCUUACCAUAUAUUAUUUGUCUCUCUUUACUAUACCAAUACGUCUACAUUUUGCAUAAAGAAAUAUGUUUUCACUAAAUAGAGGGAUUAUUUGCUAAAUGAUGAAUUGUACUAUAUUGAAAAGUGAAUUGCAAAUAAUAUGCCAAUACAGUUGCACAAGAACAAUUCUCCAGUUCAGCUUACGGUAAUUCAAUUCUUUCUUUUUUAAAUGCAAAAUUCUAAUUUUAGAUCACCAUAAUUUGCUGUUUAGUGAAUAAGCCAUUGUGUCUUGCCUAGAUGAGUAUAUAUCCUAGAUUUCACUAUGAAAAAUUUUAAUUUUUUUUUCAUGGAAAGGCUUUCUCUGUAUAGAGGUAAGUCCCUAGAAGGACAUUUGGACCAAUAUUGUGCAUGUGAUGUAGGAAUAAGCUAUAUGCUACUACUGUGAAUAAAACUGUGGGCUGCAUUUGACACGAGGAUUUUGCAAUAAAGUUAUAUAUAGGUGAA